CUUUGAACCAAAAACUGUCCCUCUGCUAGAGAACCGAAACUCUGGGAAACUUCUGCACUGCAACAGCACGACGGGAACUGGAGCUGCGAGAUCGGAAUAGAAACGGAUUAUACAGGGAGAGAAAGUGCGAGCAAAUCCCGGACUGUCACAGGCAGAGAGAAAGCGGGCGACCCCCAGAUUGUUGGAGGAAGACAGAGACAUACACAGACUGUCAGAGACAGAGAGAGACAGUCCCAGACAGACUGAGAGGGAGACAGACUAUCAGAGAGAGAGAGAGUCGGUCACAGACAGACAGAGACAGACAAAGACUGUCAGAGAGACAGACAGGGAGAGAGAGAGAGAGACAUACUGUCAGAGUGAGAGAGACCGUCACAGACAGGCAGACACAGACUGUCAGAGAGAGACACAGACUGUCAGAGAGAGAGAGAGACGGUCACAGAGGCACAGAGAGAGAGACACAGGCUGUCAGAGAGAGAGACACACACACAGACAGUCACGGACAGACAGAGAGAGACACAGACUGUCAGAGAAAGAGAGAGAGAGACAGAUGGUCACAGACAGAGAGAGACACAGACGGUCACAGACAGACGGAGACGCAGACUGUCAGAGACAGAGAGGGAGAGAUCGAGAGAGAGACACACGGACUAAAACAAGGGGAGACCUAGACUGUCACAGACAGAGGGAGAGAACCAGACUAUAUGUCUCUCACACACACACUUCGUCACUCACUCACACAGACUGAGUGACAGAGAUAGGGAGACUCAGGCUGUCAGACACACACAGACUGUUAGAAACGGUGACACUGAGAGAGAUUGCCAUUGUCAGGCAGAGAGACAGGGAGUUAUUACCAAGUACAGUUCAAGCAGCAGAAUGAGUUGUGGAUAAAACUGUAAAUAACGCCUGUGGUUAUUUUUCUGGAGUUUAUUUCAUCGGCACCAUCUUUAAUAUGAAUGCCUGAUUCUAGUUUUUAUUUUUGAAGAUUUCUGAGGGAUCGGCAGUGGUUUCAUUUCUGGUGUUAGUCGCGUCGGAGGAGACCACUGUAAGGAUCAUGAAGCUCUGAGUAUGAGAGGGGACAUGAAGAGUGGGCAGAGGCCGAGUUCCCUCCCCAGUGAUCGGAAUGAGUCGGGUUCUCUCGGGUUUCACACACAUUCUGCUGCUGGCCUUCUCGGGAUAUGCUGUUUUUGCUGAAGUUAAUUAUCGACUUUCAAAGCAACCUUGGCACGUGGCCCUAAGUAACCAGACUGUUCAGGUUGACCUCAAAGAAGUGGGUAAUGCAAGUGUACAAAACCUAACUGUGUCUCUCAUCGACAUUAACCGAAACCGAACUGUUGCCACAAAAGUAAUCACUGGAAACCAGUCCCAGAGUUCUGUGGAGUUUGAGUGUUUUCAUUUCAAUUAUGCUGGCAACUUUGAGUUUAGAGUCACGGAUUUUACAAGCAACAGCACAGCUCAGUGGGCAACUGAGUCAUUUCACGUCAAGUGGCCAGAAUUUCACACUGAAGUGACAAGGAAAACAGUCUCACAGAGCGUUUUCCAGAUCCGAGUAUUUACUCGUGAAUAUUUAUGCCCAUGGAAAGUAAAUAUAUCGACACUAAUCCUGGAAGUUACAAGGAUUGAAUUCAAUGAACCUGGAGCUUAUAAUGCUGACAAAGCGUUAAAGAAAACGAUAAAUAAAGAAAUUGUAUUGUCUAAUUCUCAGUGGGUCAUAUUUGAUUGUACUGAUUUCAGCCAAGAUGCACUUGUAAUGAUUUCCCUGAGAUCUCCCAGGACCAAUUCAGUGAUCUUAUCAAAAGGGCCACUAGUAUUUACCCAAAUUGUUGGAUAUAAACUGCUUGUCAAUCAUUUGAGAACAGCUACAUGUGAAUCAUCUGCAGAGAUUGGUGUAGUGACACCACCUUGCACCCACUUACCGGGCAAGAUUUCUGUGUAUAAAAAACAAAGAGGGACUUCGUUUGGAAGACAGAGUUUUGUAGCUGAGAAGUGGCUGCGUCCCAGGGAUAACAAAACCGAAUUUGACUGCUCUCUGUUUGACACGGGGAAAAAUAACUACUGCUUCGAAUAUGUUAGUAUUCUGAAUCACAGCCACACUUCCACCAAAGCUGUAAAUUGUGUUACCCUUCAGAAACACACAGAAAGAGGGAGUGUUUGGCUGUCUUGGAGUCCGUGCAGUGUGACUUGUGGUGACGGAGUACGUGAGAGAUACCGACAAUGUGUUGUGUCCUUCUCGGGGACAAUUCCUUGUAAUGGGGAGGAGAAAGAAGUCUCCCCCUGUUCACUUGUGGAUUGUGCAGGGCAGGAAUCUGGAACCGUUCACAAUGAAGCAUAUAACACAGGCAAUAUAGUAACGAUCACAGGCAUUUCUCUCUGUCUGGUGAUAAUCAUUGCCACCGUUGCCAUCACUGUACGGACAAAACUAUCACGUAAGAAACAAAGCUGCAGUACUGCAGGAAGACAGGGCUCGGGGCCUCAGCAUAGUUUCAGGAAAACCCUUGAAAAUGAAAGAAACUUCUGUGAUAUGAGUCAUCAACAUGACUUUUUAGCUGACAAUGUUGCCCCGCUAAAGCUCAAUGAUGGUAUGGAUAUUCCUCUGACAUACAGGAGGAGCCAACAUUUCCUUUCAAAUCAGGACUCACAGGCUGAAGAAAACCCAGGGCAGCAAAGUGCUCAGAAAGUGAUCCCUCCUAUAUUUGGAUAUCGUUUGGCACAUCAACAAUUGAAAGAAAUGAAAAAGAAAGGGAUAACAGAAGCAACUCAGGUAUAUCAUGUUACACAGCACCCUCUAGAUGACACGAUCAUUAAUGAAGGAGGAGCCCCAAUUACAGAAGUAGAUCAAACUAAUGCUACCACAAUCAUUGCACCCCACAUGGACAAGGAAAGCAACAUAGAAAGUAGCAUAAACAGAUUUCGUAUUAAAUCUCCAUUCAUAGAUCAGAAGUCAAUUUAUUACAACCAGCAAACAGAAAAAGCAAACCAUAGGAUGGAUUAUACAAUUCAACCAUUUCCAGAGCCGUUUGUUGACUAUUUCCUGCCAUACCAAAUGCCACAAGUAAACAGCAUGGGACCUAAUAGCCAAGCAAGUAAUAAAACACUUCCAGGUAGGCCCGGAAAGUUCAGGCAUUGUGAGACUGAGAUAGAGAUGUGUGAAAAAGGGAAUGGCAGAAAUCCUAAUUUUAGGAGAACAUCUAGCUUCAAUGAAUGCAAAACUGCAAAGUUCUACAGAGAAAGAAGUCUGUCCAAUUGUACGCAGAAGCUUCCAUCCCUGUCUCACUCCAGAACUAUGUGUAGGCCAGCAGCUGUGACUGACAGAUCCACUUGUGACAAAGCUAUAGCUCAGUUCAGAUUUAGUAGUGCUAACUCAGCAAAAUAUCAUUGCAGUGCAUUUGCAACAGAGCCCUCAAAAAAUUACAAGAAAAGUAGUCAGCCUGGGGCACUGACUUGUAAAACUGAGCUGACAAGUGAUCAGCAAAUGACAAGUGGUAUUCUUAAUAACUCAGAAACCUACAGAGGCAAGAGAAGAUCGAGCACAUCAACGAACAGAUAUAAAUUGACUCCUAAAGUCAGUGAUCCCAACUCUGAGAAUUGUUUCAAACAGGCGUCUCCACGGAGCAAUCCAUUACCUCGUCAGCAAUACAGAUAUGAUAGAUGUCAAAGUUUCCCUUCUGAUCCCAACUUUCUCCUGUAUGACAACUCUGGUUUUGAGUUAACUACGUCAGAGCAGCAGAUAAUUGAUUUGCCAGCACAUUUUAGUUCACAUGUAAACGAAGAUGAAGAAGACACCAGUACUUUAAGUAACGAAAAGCUGGUGAUCUGAGAAACUUGAAAAAAGAAACUUCUAAAAUUUAAGUAAAAUAAUUGUUUGUGUCUUAAUCUUAGCCUGCCUUGUUUAAGUGACUUUAUCUUGUUAAUAAAAAGAGAUUUUUUAUAAGGAGAAUUUCCUCUUGAAAAUGAGAAUGUACCCUUAAGCAAGAAUAGCUCUUCUCUGCAUUCUUCCCUGAUCUUGACCUUAGAUUUGCCAACUUUGAAUUCUAUAGGGGCACUAUCUGAUUUUCAUUUCUUGAUGCAGGAAGAGAGUUGGAUUCCAGGGAAGAAAAUUUUUAAUGAAAAAUUUGUGCAGAAUUUUCAAAGCAACUUUGCCAAAAUUAGUUGAAGGAUAAAUUGUUAACCUCAUUGUAACCUUAAUUGUUACUGAGCUGUGUGUUCUACUGAUAUUGAUGACCCAGCUAAGCGCAGUGGUACUUUUCAUUUUCAAAAGAACCUCAAUGCAUAGGGUAUUAUUUGGAUUUAUGUGCAAAUAUGCACAUCUGAGGUCUAUGUGCAAAGGUUUUAGAUAUGCAAUUGUGUUUCUAUGUGGUGACUUUUGUUUA